AUACAAAAAUGCAUCCAACACUGGAGUACCUCAAAAGCCCGGAGCUUGUUGUGAAAGUACAGGAAUAUUUCGGAAUCGAGUACAAGAAAACCAACCCUCUAGCCAAGAAUCCCAAUGGAACAGGUGCACCGAAUGGCACAGCCAUCGGUAACGGUAAAGGUGCGCCACCACCGGCCAAUGGACACGCGGUGGUGAAUCACGCGAAUGAGAAGAAGAUCGAUGACAACGAUGAUAAAGCUUAUCGGGUGACGAAUUACUUCUGGUACGUGCUGUUCAUCAUCGGUACCGAGCUGGGGGAUGAGAUAUUCUACGCCACGUUUAUCCCGUUCUGGUUUUGGAACAUUGACAGUGCCGUAGGGCGGCGGGUCGUUAUGGUAUGGUCAGCGAUUAUGUACGUAGGACAAAGCCUUAAGGAUAUCAUCCGCUGGCCACGACCAUCCUAUCCAGCGGCACGGUUGCAGAAGAAAUGGGGCCUCGAAUAUGGUAUGCCAUCCACACAUGCGAUGGUUUCGGUCGCGAUCCCCUUUUCCGUGCUGAUCUAUACGUACGAUCGAUACAUUUACUCGAUGCCGGUUGGACUGGCGAUCGCCUGUGUAUGGUGUGCCGUGAUAUGCGUCAGCCGUGUUUAUUUGGGAAUGCAUAGCGUGCUGGACAUACUUGCAGGACUGGUACUGGUCGUACUAUUAAUGAUCCCACUAAUCCCCAUCGUUGACCGAUUGGAUCUAAUAAUCGUAACUUCCCGCUGGUCGCCAAUAUUCGUAUUUUCGAUAUCAAUUCUACUGAUCGUAUUUUAUCCCGACCCCGGUAAAUGGACCCCUACACGCGGCGACACGGCCCUCACGGUUAGCGUUUGUGCUGGCAUAGAACUUGGCGCUUGGCUCCACUACCAUUUGGGAGAAUUUCAGCAACCCGCCCAACCACCACCGUACGAAAUCAUCUGGCCUUCCUACAGUAUGUUCGGCUUGUUACUGCUUCGCACCGUACUCGGACUGUGCUGUAUCGUUGCAUCUCGCGCCUUUGCCAAAUCGAUCUCGUACGCAUUCGUUUGCUUCAUACUCGGGCGGGACAAAAACGAACUGCGCCAGUCGGAAAAUACGCUAGAAAACAAGAACAAAAUUAUUGUCGAACUUUCAUACAAACUGUUCACGUACGGGGUGAUCGGAUUCAACACACAGUACCUGCUGCCGAGUGUGUUCAAGUUGCUAAACAUUGGUCGACCGGAUUUCUACACCGAAAUCUAA